AUGUUUACCGAUAUCAGCCUAUACCGCGACAUUCUCGCUCCCGCCGAGAACCUCCUAGUCUUCCAACCCGACAGCAUAUUCUGCGCCGCCGCGCCCCUAACGAUUAACGACUACCUGGGUUGGGAUUGGAUUGGGGCACCUUGGUCCCCUGACGCGCAGCAUGGUGGAAAUGGCGGCUUGUCCUUGCGGAAAGUGUCAAAGAUGUUGCAGGUUUUAAAAGCAGAGGAUAGGAAGGACGGUGAUGGCGAAUUGGAGGAUUUGUGGUUGACCAAUAGGAUGGUUCGUCUGUCUGGUGCCAAUAUGCCGAACGCAACUGUGAGCAAGACGUUUAGCGUGGAGAGCGUGUGGGAUGAGAAGCCAUUGGGGUAUCACGUUGGGUGGUUAGGCGUGCAUCAUCCGCAGUACAUCAAGUCGAGCGGUGCAUCACUCAGCACGCCACGACCAGCAGCAGUGGCAGCAGCCGAUGAUGAUGGGGUCUACAGGCCCGGAAUUCGAGGGACCGGCACUGUUUAUAGACGCAGCGACAAAGUAAAUGAUAACGAAAACGACGACGACCGCGACCUCCUUAUAAUCGAAGAAUUACUACUCACUAAGCUAAAAGAGUAUAUCUUCACAACGGAGGAUUGA